AACGCCCCGGACUUGAGGCGCGGUUUUGGUGGCGCGUUUCAGCCAAGUCGCACGUGAAGGCAAGCGGUGGCCGCAGCCCGAUCCACUAUGGCAGGCUUGGGCAACAGUGCCCCAUGGAGCAAGUGUCUGUUCAAAGCCUUCCUAAUGGUCCUGGUGGCCAUCCUCCUGCUUCACUCAGCCUUGGCCCAGUCCCAUCGAGACUUUGGACCUCCAGGUCGGCAGAAGAGGGAGGCUCCAGUUGACCUCCUGACCCAGGUUGGUCGCUCCAUGCGGGAAACACUGGAUACCUGGAUUGGGCCAGAAAACAUGAACCUGAUUUCAGAGACCCUGUCUCAGGCGAUGUGGGCCAUCUCCUCUGCCAUCUCCGUGGCCUUCUUUGCUCUGUCUGGGAUCGCUGCCCAGCUGCUGAAUGCCCUGGGACUCGAUGGUGAACACCUGACCCAGGGCCUGAAGCUCAGUCCCAGCCAGGUCCAGACCUUCCUGCUGUGGGGAGCAGGGGCCCUCAUCGUCUACUGGCUGUUGUCCCUGCUGCUCGGCUUGGUCUUGGCCUUGUUGGGGCGGAUCCUGGGGGGUCUGAAGCUUGUCAUCUUCCUGGUGGGCUUUGUGGCCCUGGUGAGGUCAGUGCCCGAUCCUUCCACUCGGGCCCUGCUACUGCUGGCCUUGCUGACCCUGUAUGCCUUGCUGAGCCGGCUCACAGGCAGCCGGGCAUCCGGGGCCCAGCUGGAGGCCAAGGUGCGAGGGCUGGAGCGCCAGGUGGACGAGCUGCGCUGGAGGCAGAGGCGAGCGGCCAAGGGGGCUCGGAGCGUGGAGGAAGAAUGAGGCAACCCCCCCAACGCCACCUUCGCCAUACCAAAGAGCUGAGCUGUUCCAGGCUCGCGCAGCCUUCCCGCCGGCGGCCCCUGCCCAUUUUGCCUGUCUGGGCCCCAGAUGAGAGAGGAAAAGUAUUGCUCUGUCCUCUGAGGGUCUCUCUCUCUCGGGCUGGCUCUCUUCAGCCGUUCUCUGCCCCAGCCAGCCCCAGCCAGGGCAGGUUGGAGUGGCCUCCCCUCUCGCCCAGCCUCUGCAUCUGUUCUCAGCUCCCAUCACUGCCAUUGGUCUCCUGGUGACUAAACCAGCUCCCCCUGCCCCCCCUGCUGCUGCCUGCUGAUGCUCUCCCAAUCCCUGGACUUCUGCAGCUCCUCUUUGGCUAAGCCCAGCUCCUUCCCAUUGUUCUCCUCCUUUCAGCCCUGCGUGCCCGCCAACCCACAGCCCCAACAGCCUGCUCCUGUCCUUUCCAUUGCCCAGCUAUAGGGCAGAGGCAGGGGCUGUUGGGGGGCGGCGGGAGCGGGUCCCCUGAGGCCCGUGGGACUUUGGGAAGAUGUAUGGGGGAGUCUUACAAGUGCCUUAAUCCGAGCCAGCAGGGCCCUCUACUGCUUGCCCACUCAGUGCUGGACAGAGCAAAGCAUGUGGAGUCGCUUUGUUGUUGGGAAGAAAGCAGUCUCUCAGCAUCUCCACUCGACUGCUGCUUCCAAGGCUUGUGUCCGCCAGCAGGAAGCCGCAGUGGCCCGCCCCCUGUCCUGUGGGGAUGUCAGCGCCCACCCUCAGUAAAGCAGCAAGGCUACCCCGCUGGCUGCCCCUCCCCACCGGAGUCUAGCACCUGCUGGUCGGAAUCCACUUCCUUCUUGAAGUGGAAAUGGGUUUCCUCUGCCAGGCCUGGCACACGCUGGGAGGGAGACAUGCUCGGUUCUGACAAUUAAGAUUUAAUGUGGAAUCAUGGCCGCAGUGAUAUGUAUUUUUUUUCCCAGCGCUUGGAUGGUUUUAAAUAAAGUGCACGCUAUUUUA